UGAGAUUUCCAGAGGCAGUGAAAAGACCACUGAAUAUCAAAGUUCCUUUGAGGAAGCCUCUAACAAGUAUUAUCAAGUAUCUUGAAGUGCAUCCUGCUGUAAAGCCAGAGGUAUUCAGACGAGUGUCAAGCCUCACUUCAGGGAACUUCAGUCAAUCAUCAAAGCGACUAUUUGCAAUUCAAAACCAUGGUUCUCCAACAAUUCUAGGAAACCAAAGUUACAGCCUGCACAACGGUGUGCAUGGAAAUAUGAAGAAACGACUUUUGAUGUCCUAUAGGGAUGUUACAAGUCAUGCACAAGGAAUGAGCAUUGAUUAUUUCUCAUACCUGCCUAAUGGAAAAGUAAUGUCGCCUGGAAUCAAAGCUGCCCAGCCUGCACCCAUUCCUGUAAUCAAGAGACAACGGCCAAACUGGAUUGAUGCCCCUGAUGAUGGUUUUUUUGCGGUCACUGAGGAAACAAGAUGGAUGCCCAGUUCCAGUUUCCCAGCAGUCAGGAAGAAGAUUCGCAAACUUCUAUUACCUUCUGAGAUGAGGAGAGCUUCUAGGCGACCUUGCUGCCCAGUUGUUGUGCCAUCUCUUCCUCACACUUAUACUCCCUCUAAUCAAUGCAAGCAGUCUGACACUACAGAAGCCAUUGUCGUUGCAGACUGAAAACAUGAAGUGAACAGAUUGAGCCAAGCUUCUCAAGAAAAGAGCGUUAAUUGAAGUUGCAGAUCACAUGGAUUCCUGCUCAGGUCUUCAUAAAGUAAUUUUCAGUUGUUUGGUGUCAAGUCCAUUAGCAAACCAAUGUCUACAUGUUUAUGGCAAAAUUAUUUUGCUGCACUCUCAGCGGGAAAAUGUACCUGUUGUACCACAUAUUAUUUUCUAAUGCAAUAGUGGUGAUGAGGACAAAUAUA